AUUAAGAGACUACAUUUAAAUAUGUAUUUGCCCUCUACAGGAUAGGGUGAAGGCAGAUGAAGUGGGAAACUGAUCAUUUGUAAUUGGCUUUGUUUUAAAAUAUAUUCCAAAUGGCUCAAAACAUUUUAAAAAUACAUCCUCCACACUAUACAGAUCAAAUUGUUUCAUACGAAAGUUAAAAUUCUUCCUCAAACCCCUUAUAGAUAACAAUUUCACAAUUCACCAGGUGUAAACUAGGCCAAGGUGCAGUCACAUUAGUGACAUUUUGGAGAAAGUCAGGUCCACUGUUUAUUGUCAAUAGUGUAGUGAAGUACAGCUCACACAGAAGUCACUUUCAAACCUAGCAGCUUUCUGUUGGUCAACACUGUGAAUUCACGUGACCAACUUGUUGCGAAAUCUGCAUGGAAAUCUUUCACCCUUACAUAAAAUGGUGUGGAUUCCUGUGGAAAUGACUAAAUUUCACCAGUGAAAAUUCACUAAAAAACUAUAAAAGUGACCGUACCGUUCUUUUAUUGUUAAAGUUGAGCAGCUAGUUAUUUUAAAAAAUAACAUUCAAUUGUAAAUGAAAUGCACAAAAAUAAUGAUCUGCUAUUUGUCUGGGCAGUAAUAUGGUGAACGGGUAUUUUGUGAUUUAGCACAGCCGGAAAGCUCUACUGACCACAAAACAAAGAUGAUUCAUUUUUGUUUAAUGAUAUUUUGAUUAUGGGUAAAGGAACACCACGUGACUAACGGGCUCUCUGUAAGCGCAAGUUGUACAAACAAGAUCCUCUGAUCACUGACGGACCGACGGAAGCAUCUCGGAUGGAGAUGACAUUGCGCAUAAUGUAUUCCUCAUGCCGCACAGGCACUUUCGCAGUCAGACUUGGACCUGUCCGUCCCUUCAGCCUUACCGUCCACAGGGGAGGCUACAAGUAUGUGAAUGCUGAGGAGUUGCCUACCGAUAUGAAGUCCAUCACAGACCGUGCAGCACAAACACUGCUGUGGACUGAACUUUUCAGGGGUUUGGGUAUGACAAUGAGUUAUUUGUUCAGAGAACCAGCUACUAUCAAUUACCCAUUUGAGAAAGGCCCUCUCUCUCCCCGUUUCCGUGGUGAGCAUGCACUACGCAGGUAUCCAAAUGGAGAGGAGCGCUGUAUUGCGUGCAAACUGUGUGAGGCUGUCUGUCCUGCUCAGGCCAUCACUAUAGAGGCAGAGACCCGUGCAGAUGGCAGCAGAAGAACAACUCGUUAUGACAUUGACAUGACCAAAUGCAUCUACUGUGGAUUCUGCCAGGAAGCCUGUCCUGUGGAUGCAAUCGUAGAGGGCCCUAAUUUUGAGUAUGCCACUGAGACUCAUGAAGAGCUGCUGUAUAAUAAAGAGAAACUGCUGAAUAAUGGAGAUCGAUGGGAGGCUGAGAUUGCUGCUAACAUUCAGGCAGAUUACCUGUACAGAUGAACAAUUACACCCAAAUAACAUCCAGAUAACAGCAACACAAACAAGAGACAACAUCAGUUCACAAGCUACCUUGCAUCAUCUACUGAAACUAAAAAUGACACUUUGUAUAGAACCAGAUAUAUUUUGUAUAGAAAAGUAUUAAUAUAUUUGCUGUCUAAAUGCACAAAACAUAAUGCACAAUGAAUGUUCAUCUAUCUGUUCAUUUUAAAGUAAUAUAAUGUAUAAUGUUCAUUUUAAAGUAAAUGAU